AUGGCCAAGACAAAAGCGAAGACAAAAGUGGCCGCAGGGGUCCAGAAUAGAAUCAUUUAUUCUCGAGCGUCCUACCUCUACCAGGCGGCGAAAUAUUUGACGAGCUGCGCCAACGCAGUUCAAGAUGGUCCAUCCACGGCAGACGCACCGGUCCGAGCUUCGACAAAGACCGACAAGCAACACAAAGCCAUCAUCAACGUGUCCCGCCAGGCAGUCGCCGACAUGAGGGCCGUUUCUUUGAAGGCACAAAUUCGACAAAGUCCAGCGCUUAAAAGGACAAUCUGCAAGUUCUGCGACACGCUGCUGGUGGAGGGACAGACGUCCCAUUCGUCGAUCGAGAACCCCAGCAGAGGGGGUCGCAAGCCCUGGGCCGAUGUUCUCGUCAUUGCUUGCAAGACGUGUGGGAAUUCAAAGAGGUAUCCCGUCGACGCACCACGGCAGAGGCGAAAGGCACUCCGUUCAGGGGAGCAGAAGGUCGUUGACGCUGAACAAGGCGGAGUGGCCCCAGAAGGAGAAGAAGCCACUUGA